UUGGGGAAAUCUGGUCGGACGUGCAACCGGAGCUAACAUUAAUCGACGCAAAUCAUCAAACAUUUGGAGCGCAAGUGUUAUUACCGCCUCUUCUCUCUCGCCGUGAUACGUGAAAUGGAGUGAUGGCGAGCGCGCUACUGCGCAAUUUGCUCAGAGCUUCUUCCCUUUUCAGAUCAUCUUCUGCAUCCGCCUCCUCCUUCAGGCCAAUUUUACUAUCAGGAAGCAUAACUCUCUCUUCAUCUAAGCACUUGCUUGUGGGAAACCCGGGAAAUACUUCAUGGUGGUUUAGAAACUUGAGCUACGGAUCUGUGAACUUUGUUUUAGCUGAAGGGAAGCCCAAGUUUGAGACACAUGAGGUUGAUCCUCCAAAGAAGGAGAAGUGGAAGAAUAAGAAGAGGUUCAAGCUACAGAAGAAGAGAGAGAAGCAGAAGCGAAAGGCAGCCAACAAGAAGGAUCCAAGGCGUAUUGGGAAGAAGAGGAAGCAAAAAUUUGCAGAUGCAGAGGAAAAGAUCAAGUACAAGCUCGAGAAGGCUCGAAUUAAGGAAAGUUUGCUGAUCGAGAAGCUCAAGCAGUAUGAAGUUCCUAAAGUCCAGGGUCCUGUGGUCAAACCAGAUAAUCUAACUGGUGAGGAACGGUUUUUUCUCAAAAAGAUGGGCCAAAAAAAGUCUAAUUACGUGCCUCUUGGCAGAAGAGGAGUAUUUGGAGGUGUCAUCCUCAAUAUGCACAUGCACUGGAAGAAACAUGAAACUGUUAAGGUCAUCUGCAAGCCCUGCAAGCCGGGCCAAGUUCAUGAGUAUGCCCAGGAAAUUGCCAGAUUGAGUGGUGGAAUUCCAGUUCAAAUAAUUGGAGAUGAUACCAUAAUAUUUUAUAGGGGAAGGAACUACGUGCAGCCAGAAAUUAUGUCACCUGUAGAUACAUUAUCCAAGAAACGGGCUCUUGAAAAAUCGAAGUACGAGCAGUCGCUCGAGUCCGUGAGGCGCUUUAUUGCUAUUGCAGAGAAAGAACUGGAGCUUUACUACAGGCACACAGCACUCUAUGGGGACCCAAAUAGCAGGAAUCCCAUAACAAUCUUGGACAUACCGGCAAAUGGUACAAUUGGAUCCAAGGAAGUUGAUAGCUCGAAGAUAGAUAGACAAUGUGUGACAGAUGACAGCCUUUCAAGAGAUUACUCGCCACUGGAUAGUGAUUUUUCAGAUCUAUCUGAAACUGAAUCUGAGGAUGGCUCUGAAGAUGAAAUGUCCAUUAGUGAGUCAGAUGCUGAAUAUGGCCACACUCAUGAUAUCAGCGAUGAAAGAGAAGAAUGGUGUUCGGCCAUAGGGGGCCACUCUACCCAUGACUUGGCGCAUUCUUCCUCUGCAAAUAGUUCAAAGUUUGGCGAACAUGACAAGCUGACAGGAAUUACAGUGUGCAUGAAAGUAUGAUAUUCUACCAGUUGAUGUCUGAUGCAGAAAUCAAAUAUCGUUGCUUUCUGGUU